AGAGUCGGAGCAGUGUUUGUUCAGAAGGCAGAUGCCUCUCUGUCACUCUGAUAAUCCUCCGGCUCUAUUUUUACCUCCGUCCCCCUCCUCGCCUGUUGCAGCUUCCCCUCACACCGCUCAGGUUCCACACUUUCAGCCGGGAAGCGUUUGGAUCUGCAGCGCCGGGCCUCAGUCUUUCCUCAUGACGACCGGAGAGGCAGAAGGAACGGAGGAGCCGUGUGGAGGUCGGUCCCAGCAGGAGGCCGGCAGCAGAGCAGAGGAGCUGAAGGCUGGAGGGUCCUGCACCGCUCUGAGCACCGUGGCCAUCCAGGCGGGCCGCUCCCAGAUCGUUGCGUCCGUCCUCAGGAGCGGAUCUCUGGUCCACCUCCAGCUGGUCCAGUUCCAGCCGGGACUCUGUGAGAUCGGGUCCGACCAGGAGGAGAACCACGUCCUGAUCCAGGAGCACCAGCAGCUGCUGGAAAAACUCCAGAAACAUGAACCUGAAGUGUUGGCUGUGGUGGAGAAGAACCAAGCGGAGAGGCCGGCGAAGAGGAGGGAUGGAGGGAGGAAGGAGGAGCUGAAGGAGGCGAUGAAGGCGUCUCUGAAGGAGGGAUGGUCGCUGCUCCUCCAGCUGCUGCAGAGGCGGCUGGAGGUCCUGAAGCUGGCGUCAGAGUUCUUCCACCGGGUGACGGAGUUUUCUGUCAGCAUUGAAACAUUAGAAGAUCUGCAGACUGAAGCAGAAGAAGACAAACUCUCUGACGUUCAGGCCUCCUAUCACUUCAUGAGAAAAGAUCUUCUGGGAAAGUCCCUGCAGGUUUUAACCAGCAGCAGCAUCCUGCUGCACAGACUCAGGCAGCUGCAGAGGACUGAGGCCCUCCAGAGGAGAGGAGGGGUACUGCAGGGUGAGGAAGAGGAGGCCGAGGAGAUUGCCAGCAGAGGUGCGGUGCUGAGGCUGGAGGAGCUGGUGGAGGCGCUGCAGGACCGCAGGCGCACGGCCGACCAGGCUUUCAGACUCUGGCUGCAGGAAGCAGAGCUGGUCCUGGAGGCAAAGAAGGAGUCCAACAGAGCCGGCGCUGAAAACCAGAGUCUACUGGACCCAAACCUGCCGUCUGGAUCCAGAUCAGACCGAACUUUGGGUCCGGGGUCUGAAGGAGCAUCUGAGUCUAAAAGGUGGAAGUCAGGAUGCUCAGCAGAUCUGGACUCUGAAUCCUGUUCAGAACUAAGACCUAAACACGAGCCAGAGGAUCCUGAUGAUGUAAACCUGGAAGCUGAAUCCAGAUUACAAGAGUCUGGACCAGAACCAGACGUUAAACCAGAUUCCUGGUUAGACCCAAAGUCGCGUUCUAGAUUAAAUCAUCUGAAAUCUGGAUUCAGAUCAGAUCUGUUACCAGAAUCCAGAUCAGCAGAGACCAGAAACCAAAGUCUGGGAUCCAGAUCAGACCUGAAGCUCAUGUCUGCAUCACAGAAGACCAAAAACCUGAAGUCCAGUUUUCUAUUGGGCGAGAUCACUGAAGCCCAACCUGGACCUGACAGAACCAGAACCUUUCAGUCUGGAUCCAGUUCAGCUGGAAACACAAACCUGGAAACUGAAUCCAGGUCAGACAUGAAGACAGAACCCGGGUCACAAAACACCACAGACCUGCAAUCUGACCACAGAACCAGAUCAGAACCUCCAACAUCUGGAUUACAGCAGGGGGAUUAUUUGACGCGUAAAUCUGGAUCAGAACAGGCCGGGAACCAGCGGCUGGAGUCCAGAACCAUGGAGACCAGGGACCUGCAGUUCAGCUUCACAACAGUUCACAAAACCCGAUUAGAUGAAUCUGGUGUGAAGCCGGGAUCUGGACCAGGGGAAACCGCCGAAACCGGAUCAGAGAAGACCAGAACCCUGCGUUCAGCUCAGAGUACGGAGCUGCAAACCGGAUCCUGGUCAGACCUGAAAACAGAACCUGAGUCACACGGCACCAAAGGCGCUCAGACGGAUUUUAAAUCAGAACCAAAGAACCGAAGCAAGUCAGCAGUACUUGGAUCUGGAUCAGAGGGUAAAGAUCUCAGGCCCGCUUCCAGAUCAGAUGAGACCAGUAAACCCAGACUGGAGUCCAGGGACUCACUUCCUGGUUCCGGAUCAGUUCUCAGAACCAGAACACAUGGGGCGCAAACAUCUGUGUGCGACGUGAAACCUGGAUCCACACCAGAUGAUACCAGAACCCAGCUGUCCGGGUCCAGAUCAGAGGAGACAGGGACCGGGCAUGCCGGAUCCAGACCGGAUGGGAUCAGAACCCUGAAGCUCAGAUGUAGCUCAGAAAACAUUUCAGAGUCUCUGAGACCUGCAUCAACAGAGGAACCAAGAUCCAGAUCAGAGACGACCAGAACUCUGCCAUCAGAAUCCGGUUCAGUCGGGAUCACAGAACUCCUGCCGAGAUCCAGGUGGAAGAACCAGUCCGGAUCAGGAGCACCAGGAUCUGGGUCACAGGACCUGAAACCACUGUCUGGAUCUGAGAGGACCAGGAGGGAGGAGUCCAAAACCUCUGGUUUCCCUUCGGAUCUCAGAACCAGACUCAGACCAGAUGAGCGGCACAAGCGUGAUUCUGAUGCAAGGCCCGGAUCUGAAUCAGCAGAGACCAGAACCCAGCAGACAGGAUCCAGAUCAGAGGUCUCUGGUUCUGGGUCGGACCCGCCAUCGGCAACACGUCAGCUCCAUGAAACCACGCUGGGCCUAAACGAGCAACAGGCGGACCACCAGAUGGAGGUCCAGCAGCAGCAGGCGGACCACCAGAUGGAGGUCCAGCAGCAGCAGGAGGACCACCAGAUGGAGGUCCAGCAGCAGGAGGACCACCAGAUGGAGGUCCAGCAGCACCAGGAGGACCACCAGAUGGAGGUCCAGCAGCAGGAGGACCACCAGAUGGAGGUCCAGCAGCAGGCGGACCACCAGAUGGAGGUCCAGCAGCAACAGGAGGACCAGACGUCCAGGAGUGGACACCAGGAGAGGCUGGUGAAGACCCUGCAGGACCUGAGCUGCGUCUCAGAGCUGCUGGACUCCUGCAGUCGGAUGGAUCUGGGCUCAGAGCUGCAGACCUCCAGGCUGCUGGAGCGCUUCAGACAGGCAGAGCCACAUUUCAGGCAGCUGGAUGCUGAGGUGGAGCACACGGUGGGGGGCUGGGAGAGUCUGCAGGAGGAGCUAUCAGAGCUGCUGAAGAUCCAGCAGACAGUGAAGGACAAGAUAAAGCAGAGCGAGUCCAUCCUGAAGCUGAGCAGCAGCUUCCAUGACACAGCCAGACAGCUGGAGCUGCUGCUUCAGUCGGAACCUGCCGGCCUUUUAACUGGAUCCAGUGGAUCCACUGGUUCCACUGGAUCCAGUGGAACCAGUGGAUCCAGAGAAGCAGAGCUGAGUCGGCUCCAGGAGGCCAAGCAGCAGAUCCAGAGCCUUCUUCAUACCACGGCGACUCUGAGGACGGACAUCUGUGCUGCAGUUUCACAGAGCAACUGGGCGGGUUUCCAGACGGAGCAGCUGGAGGGCCGUCUGGCGUCUCUGGACUCUCUCUGUGGAUCUUGGCUGAAAGCGGCAGGUCAGUGUGAGGAGGAGCUGCGCAGAGAGCACCUGACUCACCUGCUGCUUGGGGACGCCACCCAGCUGCGUGAGUCCUUUAAGGAGCUGAAGAAGCGCUUCAGCAACACAAAGUUCAACUACCUGAAGAGAAACGACAGGACGAGGAACCUGAAGGCUGUCCGGAACCAGCUGCAGCAGAUGGAGGCGUACCAGGAGAAGCUGCAGGGGCUCAGGAAGCGAGUUCACGGUGUGGCGGCCCGGCUGGGCCCUGAGGUGAAGAACACCUGCGUGGCCCGGCAGGUGGAGGACGCUGUCAACGAGCUGCAGAGACAGACGGGACAGUUGGAGAGAAACAUCUCUGAACACCAGAAGACCCUGGACAUGACGUGCCGGCUGCAGCAGGCCAUGGAGGAGUACCAGUUCUGGUGUGAGGACGCCAGCGCCACCAUCGCUCGCGUCGGCAGGUUCUCUUUGGAGUGCCGCAGCACAGAGGCCGUAUCGGUUCUGUACCGCCAGUUUGAGAAGUUUGUCUGGCCGACGGUACCUCAGCAGGAGGAGCGGAUCGGUCAGAUCACAGAGCUGGCUGUCAGGCUGCACGGGGUGGAGGAGGGGCAGCGAUACAUUGAGAAGACAGUCAGUAAACACUCAGAGAUGGUGGAGUCCAUCAAAGAGCUGAGCGAUGGACUGAUGGAGCUGGAGGCCAAACUGAAGCUGGAGAGUCUGAAACAGCAGCAGAAUGAUGAAGAGGAGGAGGGAGAGGAGGAAGGAGAGAGGGAACACAGGGGGCAGACAGAAGAGCAGGAGAAGAAAAAGGAAACGAGGAGGAUGAAACAGAGGGAUAACCGCAGCACACAGGAGGCUGCUGACAUGUGUGAACUUAAAGAGACGGGCCACACUCCUGAACUGAUAGCUAAAAUCGAUAGAAACGAAGCUCCUGAAGCCACGAGGAAGCCUCCAUUAGAGAAGAGUCCAAGUCAGGAGGUCUACGGAGCGACAGCCAGCAGAGAGUUACCCGGUGGAAAGUUGACCUCCUCCACCCACAUCCUUACCACCUGUUCACCUGAGGAUGCCAGACAACAGGUCCAAGCCACCCACAACCAAUCACAGGCUGUCGCUGUGGAGUAUAAGGCCACGCCCUUUCAGUCUGUCAUUGGUCCGUUGUUUCCUGAUAACCAGGAAGACUUUCAAAGGGAGAUAGAAGGAACAGAACAACGGAUGGCUUCCAGUUCCUGUGGCUCAAACACAGAUUCCCUACAGGAAACUCAACCAGAGGCGAUGGCGGAGGAUUUCUUUUUCAACGAUGAGUCUGAUUGCGCCUCCCCUGAUGAUAUCUCCCUGCCGCCGCUGGCAGAGACACCCGAGUCCAACAUGUUCCAGUCUGAUGUGGAGGAGGGUUUCUGUUUUAGUUCCCUCAGUGUCCACGUCAGCCACAAGUGUCACGCCCAGUCAGAGCCAACGGGAACCGGUUCUGUCCAGCAGAAAGAGUCGGGGCAGACGGAAAGUUGUCCAGCUCCGUCAGUCGGUCUGCAAACCAGCACCAGGUUCAGAUCAGAGUCCAGAUCCUUCACCCCGAGUCCAUCUACAGUUCCUCUUACGUCACUCUUUACCAGCACUCUAUGCACCAUCCUGAAAUCCAAGGAGCCCAGCACUGUCUUCUCACUGGACAACCCAGUCAAUGUCUACGACACCAUAGACUGCUCUAAAGAUAAAAAUGCACUAAAGAAGAGGAGUCUCUCUGGAACCCAUAAACAGGAUCUGAGUCAAAGUCUUCAUCCACAGUCCUUUAACGGUGCAGACACUGGUGUCCACAAUCACAGCGUCCCUAAAGGAGACACUGGGGUCCAUGAAUUCAGCCCUAGUUACACCGGAAAAGAUUUACCAGAAUCUCAUCAUGGCACAACAAGUCAGAGCCAUCAGGACAUGCAUUCUGUCAAAUAUUCAGGAGAAACCACGCCUCAAAGAGACAGUCGUAUUAAGACCAGUGUCAGAUUAGUUUCCCAGCAGAAUAUUUACAUCAGGUCCUCUUUUUCAGGCAAUCACUGCAGCAACUCCCAUUCUGAUCCAGUCCCCAAGUCUGAACGGUUCUGUCAGACUUCUAGGGUUACAGACCCUGUCCUCCACAAAGACGUGACUCAGGCACAAGACGUAGACCUUCUAGAACCCUCCACAGCAAUUCCCCAAAGAUCAACAACUCCUCAAGAUCCAAAUCAUUCACAGAACUCAACCAGCUCCAGAGGGGAACCAGACCAGGACGUACCGUCCUCACUUAGAAACAGAAGUUUUAGGACAAACGCCACAGACACCCAACAACGUGUCUUCAACCAGCCGUUCCCUUCAGGCCAGUCACAGACGGACAUAAUUUCAAACCAGGAUCCCAGAGAUCCACCUGAGGGCCUCGUCCACAGUCCCACACAGCCGAGGUCCGUCAGCAACGUCGGCAUCUGUAGCAGCAAGCAGCGUCUGCAGGCGUCCCUGACCUCCAGCGGCUCCCAGCAGUGUGUGCAUGAUCCCAGCAUGAGUCCCAGCUCAGGCCAGCCUGCUGCUCCUCACCCAGAGCCUCAGACCCACGCUUCACCUCACCCACUUAAUCUGCAUGCCACAUCCUCAUGUUCUCCACCCCGUCUACUAACACCGUCCCAGGAUCCUGAUAUCUGUCUGCCCGUGGCUAUCCGUGAGGAAAUCAGACUUACUCCCCAGGUCCAGGGGCCUGCUCUUCCUCCUGCUCGUCUUCCUCGGCCCCCGUCAGAGUCUCCUCCUCCGAGGAAACCGUCUGAACCUGGCCUCCCCUGCUUCACCAGGCCCUGGCCUCACGCCGUGGUCAUGGAGGGUUCUCCAGUGACGUUAGAGGUGGAGGUGAAGGGAAACCCAGAGCCUAGGCUCACUCGGGGCCACAGCUGCUUGUCCCGCUGUCUGACCACCUGUCAUCAUGGUCGCUGCAGGUUCACACAUGAGGGGGCGUCCCCCCGUCACACGGACCGGGACCAGAACCGGGACCAGAACCGGGACCAGAACCGGGACCGGGAGCAGUCCCAGCCGUUGGCAGGAAGCAGCAGCGGUGUUGGGGAUAAAUGGCUGGUGUUGGAGGCGCUGGACGUCAUCAUGGAGGACUGGAACACCUGGUUUGGGACUCUGUGUGUCCUGCUCUGGCUGCUCUACCUGAUUUUACUCUGACCCCCCGCUUGUCCAACUCUGACCUUUUUAUUUCUGCUGGAUGCAUCGGGGAUUUAAGAAGAUCCUGAUAUGUACAAUCUGAGCUGCGCCAAACUGAUUUCAGCUUAAUUCAUUUCUAAGUUUUUAUCAGGUCGCCAUUUAACUCUGAAGGCAUGUCAUUCUGAGUUAAACUGGCUGUUUAUAACCUGAGAUUUGAUAAAUCAUGUAAUUAAGGCACUGUUUAGGCACCUUCUGCUGUUGAAUAAAAUCCUAUUUAGUGAAUCA